UGAUUAUACAGUGUAUUAAAAGAUAACCUGGUCAAUUCAAGUAGUCCAGCGUUCUAAUCAUAUUUUGAAUCCUUUUAGAUUAGGAGAAUGGACAGUGCAACAACGGCUUUCAUUUAUCUUUAGACUAAAAAUAUAAAAGGUAGAAUUAUGUCUGUCUUCAUUUGAAAAAUAUGCAGUUGCAAAAAGCGUUCUAAUAAUUAGUUUUUUUAGGUUUUCUUUUGUAGACCCUCAAACAAAAUAAGUGUGUAUUCUGCAACUCAGAUUAGAAAGAAAUUGGCGACAUUGAACUGCUGGGGGGAAAAAACCCUACUGCUCUGUUCCGAUUUAGAGAAAAGCCUCCUUCCAUUGAACUCCACUAUAUAAAGGCAGAACUUUGUCUUGAUCCGGAGACUUGGAGCAGCAGCCUUCAGUGGUACCACAGCGAGAUGUUGAACAUCAGUGAGCCAAUUCUGCAGCACCUGCCCUUCAGGGCCUCAGACCAUCUACUGCAGCCAUUCUGGGAUUAUUUGCUUUUUCAACACCUGCCUCUCAUCUCAUCUCCUUUUUUCCCCGUCCUGCUCACCUUCUCCAGUUAUGUCUUCUUCAGCAUACCUUUUGCUGCACUGGAUCUCUUGGGAGAAAGACUGCCUUCAGUCUAUCAGUACAAGAUCCAACCAGACAGGCUGCCAACAGUGGGAAUGAUGGUGAAGAUCUUCAUGUCAUCGCUGUAUAAGCACAUAUUCUUUGUUCUGCCAGCUGUAACAAUUGGUAUCUUCAUACUGCCUACACCAACACUGCCACAGGAGGCCCCAACUCUUUGUGAGGUAGUUAUUGAUGGACUGGCUGUACUUCUCGUCUUUGACACUCAGUACUAUAUUUGGCAUUACAUACAUCACAAGCAACCGCAGCUCUACCGGUGGAUCCAUGCAAUCCACCAUGAAUAUAGGGCACCUUUCUCUUGGUCGACUGAGCAUCUCAGCAUCCCCGAGCUGAUGGCUGUUGGACUCUGGAGCAAUCAGGACCCAAUUCUUUUAAAGUGUCACCCAUUGACUGCAUGGUGUGUCACAGUUGUCAGUGUCUGGAUGUCUGUGGAGAACCACAUAGGCUAUGACCUGCCGUGGACUGUCAACCACCUGGUGCCUUUCGGUCUGCUAGGCGGUGCACCGGCUCACGACAUGCACCACCAGAGGCCGAGCAGUAACUACAGUGUCUUCUUCAGCCACUGGGACAGAAUCUUUGGCACCGCCGUUCCACUGAAGAAAAAAACUAUGAGAAGAUAAGUAAAUAAAUAAAAUACUGCAAUCUGUAAAUACUGCAUGUUUAGUGUUGUCUUUAUGUUGCACUGUUUUUUAGCACCAUCACAGUGUUACUAUAGUUUCUAUAAUUUUACUUGCUGCUCCUCCUUUUUUAUUUGAGAGGCUGCUUUCUUAUUGACCAAACUUGUGAAAUACAAUUGAAAAGUUGCUAAAAAGUGUAUUUUCUUAUGGCUUUUCAUUUAAUGAAUUAAAAAUCGACUUUUUUCUUUAUGUGGAAUAAAUCAUUUAAAUGUCAACAUUUAAUGCAUUGUUCUCCAUGUAUUACGGGAGCAUAAUCACACAUCAUUCAAGUCAUUCCAGUUAAGUAAUCAACAGUAAUUGGUUACAUUUGCAAGCAGAGUACAAAUUUCUUCUUUCCUGUUGUUGCUUUUCUCACAAUCUUCUUACGUAAUGCAAAAUCUUUGAAAGAGCUUUCAUCAGACUCCAAAGUCCACAAAGGAACAUAGAGCUUUUGAAUAAGAAAGCUAAGUACGAUUUGUCAGGCUUGCCACCACGAUGUCGAGGAAUUAAUGUUAACCUGAUUUGAGAAAGUGCUGAGCUUUGACUGUACAGUGUUCCAGACUGACUUGAAUGUGUAAUUUGUAUAUCAUUUCAUAUAUCAUUCAUUGCAUAUGACAGGUGAUUAAAUAUUUACUACUAAUUCCUUCUCAUUACUUUGUAACUGAAUUAAAUUAUUUAAAAAUGGCCAAGAACACAC